CGUGGACCUGCAUAAACACCGCUUUUCCACCAUCAUCUACUUCCGUACUAUUUGCUAUUUACUUUCCUCAUUUAUUGUGACCUCAACGACCUGGAGAAAAGACAAUGUCUUGAUCUACAGAGUGUCUGUCUCUCUUAUCGCUCUGAAAGUUUAAAUGAGGUUCCUCUUCCUAUCGAAAUUCCUCUGAACCCGAUUUUAUUUGUAAGCAGGAAUUUCUGGAUACAUCACGAAAGGGUCUGGAAGACUCUGGGAGCUGCUAUAAUUUAUAAGCACUUCCUGCUAUUUAUUAGUGUCGAUAGCUCCCACUGCCGAGAAGUGAAUUCGCAUCUUGGCGACUUUAAUCGUUUAUAUUCAUUUUCACGGGCAACAGGCACCAUGACAUCCAACACUUCUAAAACCCCACAGAUGCAGAGCAAAUCUCUUCAACGAAGUCGAAAUCGCACACUACUCUCGUGUACCGAAUGCCAUAGGAGGAAACAAAAAUGCAAUCGAAGUCACCCCUGUAAUGAUUGUAUGGAGCGAGGUGUUCCACACAAAUGCCAUUUUGUGACACCCUUGUGAGUACUCAACGUGCAUGCUACCGGUGUUAGAAAAGUUUAUUAAUCCGGAAGAAGACGGAGAGAUUUAAAACAGGAUAAUAAAAGUACAAUAGCGGCUCGUGACCGAAGGAUACUUACUGGACAGGAAGUUUUACUUAGUCUCGAAUCAGUUGACGGUUUACCAAGCGCUAGGCCAUGCUACGCAUCUACUCGAGCAGCUGGAGCUGUGGCAGCAAUAUUGUUCUCGAAGCAUACGACUACCUAUGAUAUAGAAUUCCAGGCUUCCCUUGAGCCUAGAUUAAGGAGCGAUUUCGUGGGUGGUUUUGAUGCAUUCUCUGUCUUGCCAGAUACCACCGGGGACCCGCUUCCCAAAUCAACUCUUCUCGAAUAUUGUAAGCAGCAUCUUCAAAUAACGGGAAAAGUUAUAAUAACAAUCGAAAGUUAUCAGACAGCUAGGCUCGUGGGUUGCUUCAUGUGAAGAUGGUCCACCAGUGGGUCGCCCAGCAUUCUCCUGGCUAAAACUUGCAUUGCACCAUCCCCCGUUAUUCUACGCCACUUUAUUAGGCGCAGCAGUUCACCUGGACCGCAAGCAGCCCAUUGACAAACGCACUUUGAUCUGGUACAAAAUUGAAACGAUGCGUCUAGCAAAUGAGAAAAUGAACAUACCGAAUGAAGGUGCCACGGAUCAAAUGCUCAUUGUGGUCUUGAUCUUGCUAUAUUUCAAUGUAAAUCUUCUCAUCAUUGUUCUAGUACCAUGCUAACAGAAACAUCAGGUCGGAGAUGGAGACGGAGAGGAAUAUGAAAUGCACCUCAGAGGUAUCAACCAAAUGUUAAUUAUGAGAGGAGGCGUGGAAAAUUUAGGAAUGAGAGGCAUAAUUAAGAACUGGCUGAAAUCUUGCUACGGCCCUUGGAAUCACGAUUGGCACUAUGGACUCUUUGUAGAAUUUUACGGUAUUAAACGACAAUCGCCUAAAUGAACAAUCGAAUGCAGAUGAAUAUUUGCAAGGCUACUUGAAUGAGCUAAGGGAAAGGAACUUCGAUAGUUAUCGUACACUAAUCCAAAGGUUUCUUACGAUCCCUUCACUUCUCCAAACUCUUCUUCCACUCUUCCAC